UAAAGCACUUAGGUGUAUUUUACUUUCUUUUUCAUCUAAUUACUUAUUCAUUUGCAGGACAGAGUGAUGUUUUCGGUGAUGUUUUUUGGAAAGAGCCUACAAUAGGCCAGUCCUGUGCCAACGUCCGAGCAUUGACUUAUUGUGAUCUACAUUCCAUCAAGAGGGACAAACUUUUGGAAGUUCUGAACUUCUAUCAUGCCUUUGCCAAUUCUUUUGCUCGCAAUCUUGUCCUUACGUACAAUCUCAGACACAGGCUCAUUUUUCGUAAAGUUUCUGACGUCAAGAGAGAAAAAGAGUUGGCAGAUAGACGAAAGAACGAACCUCUUCAAGAUCUCUCCCAGGAUCACCUAGUACGGAAGUUGUUUAACCGCUUUAAAAAGACUGGUCCAGAAAAGUCUUCCGGUAUCAAUCAAAUAGGGACGCUGACUGUACCUGACGUGGAAAAAAGAGGUGAGACUGAUGGAGAUAAAAGCAACAACGCUACCGCGAAAGUGUUUAAUGUUACCGAAGUUGCAGGGAAACCUGAAAAAAUUUCAAAAUGGGGUGGGUUUAAAGGAGGAACUACUGGUGGGGAUGAUAAAGAGAACAAAGUUGGUUUUGAAAAUAAAAUAUUAGCGAAGCGGGGAGAGAAUAUAGCGAAAAACAACGACUCUCUUCACUUAGUUAAAGAUACAAAAUCAGCGUUAGGGGCAGGAACUAAAGGGUUUGGAAAGUGGUCCAAGAUCCUAGGUGGUCGUCAAGAAACGAUUGAAGAGGUAAGUGAGCCAGACUCGCACCAGGCUACACCAAAGCGAAAAGAUGAAGAGGACUCCGCUAGCUGUGGGCAAUCAAAUGAUAUUAACAACAGUUACCAAAGAAAUCUCCAUGUUGAAGAUCAGAUCACUGUUAGCAAAGACAGUUGUAGUGAUAAUGGUAAUUUUAGCAAUGAAACUUGUACUACAUCAAGCACAGACUAUCAAAAGAUAGUUGCAAAUCUUGUGAACUUAAGAGUGGACCUCAAACUGGAAAUUCAAAAAUUAAGCAAUAAAAUGAACCAUAUAGACGAACAGAUAUCGGAUCUUCUAAAACACUUUUCUCGUUUCUCUGGGCCUCUUAACAGCCCACUUUCGUUCUCGAAGAGUGAAAAUGUCUUCACCCUAGAGCCCAAUCCUUCAGAACAUCCGAAACACACCUGCUGUCAUCACGGAUCCUUCAAAAGGAAGAGCAGUCACGGAAAAUCGAAGUCAAAAUCUCCAACACAUCGAACUUUUUCUACUGAUUCAGCACUCAGAGCAGGUCUGGAAUAUGAACUCGAAAACUCUCAACAAGUCUCUUCCAUUCCUAAAUCUCCUAGUAAAAAAGAACAGGAGAAUAUUUGAGAGUACAUUACUAUUGCUACAAGUACAACAAAUACCUUAUCUCUUGAUACAAAGAAAUACUUAAUUACUGAACUGCGUAUUUAUACAGGCAUUAGAUGCCUAGUUUUAAGUUAUUUCUUUGCACGAUUACAUUUUAAUUAACAUUUCCUUUAGGGCUUUCGUUUUUGAAUUUCCAUCAUUGGAAGAGGACGUAAUAUCUUAACCAGCAAAAUGAAAAAUUAAUGAGAUCUUCGAAUUCAAAAAUCUCCUUUUAUCGUCUUCUCUUAUGACAUUUAAAACAAAUUGUGGUAGAAUUUUAAUUGCACUGUUUCUUAUUCUUUAUUCAACACGUAGUCCGAAGUUAUCAUAGACAUCCUGAGCACAUAGGCUUAAGAUAUCAUAGACAUCCUGAGCACAUAGGCUUAAGUUAUCAUAGACAUCCUGAGCACAUAGUCUUAAGUUAUCAUAGACAUCCUUUAACACAUAGUCUUAAGUUAUCA